CUUAAACUCGACUUGCUUUUCACCUACGUACCAGCACCUACUUUUGUUCAGGUAGGUACCUCAGCCUCAGCAAUCAUCGCUUCCAGGCAACAGUCCAGGCUGUCCCCUGCUAGUGGAGGUUAGGUAGUUAGUUGCCUCGCUGACGGGCAGCGCCAACGUUGCCCUUGUCCCUAUCAAUUUCCAACCAAACACGGGCAAGAACGCACGCCUCGAUUCAUCAUCCGUCCCCAUCACCAGACCCAUCCACUUCCAAGCCGUCUCGUCUGGUGCUGUUUGCCCAUCACCAUCACGUACGUUUGACCUUUGGCCCAACCGAAGUCUUUCUACUUGGCCAACGAAUCUAGAGAUUUCUUUGUUCUUUCUCGUUGUUGCACAGCAUUCUCAAUAGAACCGCUGCCAACAUAGUUGCCGUAUUCCCAGGCCCUCCUUUUUAUCCUCGUUUUAUCACACUUAUUAAUUCUCGGCUUUGCUGCCUUGCGGCGCCUUUGGCUUUCCCUUUCCCCUUACGCCGACUUUUUUUUUUCUCCCUUCUUCAACAUCGCCUCUUCACCAAACCAGCCUGCGCGUGAGCUAUUCAUCGUCAGCCACCGCACCUAAACCAUUUCUGGCCUCCUUGUCUAUUUUCUAUCUUUCCAGACAAAACCAAAGCAAUAGAGAUGGCUACCACCGCGAUGGAUUACGAGGCUGCCAAUGGCGACCGGUACGAAGAUGAGGCUCCUCGAUAUGAGCGCGACAACCGCAGUGCUUCGCCUCGCCCUCGUGACGACAACGAAGGUAGCCGCCGUCGCUCCGCCUCACCCGGCGGCCAUGGUGACAGCAACAUGAAGGACGUGUCUGCCUCCCGGGACGACGAUGAUGGUGCUAUCAACCCUGGGUCCAACCUCUUUGUCACAGGUAUCCACCCCAAGCUUUCCGAAGCUGAGGUUUCCAAGAUGUUUGAGAAAUAUGGCGAUGUUGAGAAGUGCCAAAUUAUGCGUGACCCGCACACCAAAGAGUCUCGCGGAUUUGGCUUUGUCAAGAUGGUCACAUCUGAACAAGCCGAAGCUGCUAAAGAGGGUCUUCAGGGCGAACAGAUCGAGGGUCGCACUUUGAGCAUUGAGAAGGCCCGCCGAGCCCGCCCUCGUACCCCGACUCCUGGCAAAUACUUUGGCCCACCCAAGCGAGAGCCUCGUCCUGGACGUUACGAUGAUCGCCGACGUGGUGGUUACGGUGGUGGCGGCGGCGGUGGCGGUUACGGCCGUGAUGACCCUUACCGCUACCGUGGCUACGAUCGCAACUACGAGCGACGCUAUGAGGACCGUGGAGGUGGUUAUGGUGGCAGCAGCGGCGGAGGAGGUGGUGGUGGCCGCGACUAUGACCGCAGCUAUCGUGAUGAGCGUCGUUACGAGGAUCGAGGCGGCUAUGGUGGCCGCGACUAUGAUCGAGGCUAUGAACGCCGUGACCGUGACGAGGGCUACGGCCGUGAUCGCUACGGAGGAGGAGGCGGCGGAGGCGGUCGUGAAGAGCGAGACCGCUAUGGCCCUCGGGGAGGCCCUGGGGGUUCUGGCUAUGAACGUGGUGGUGAUCGAUACGAACGCGGAGGCGACCGAGAUGCUGCUCGAACUCGCGACCCAGCUGCCAGCGCCGGAGGAGCUGGUUAUGGCGAAUCCGCCUCUCGAUCUGAGGCACGCGAUACCUAUGGAGGUGCUCCCGAUCGUAACAUUCAGUAAACGCCUGAUGUUUGCCACGACUCGACUGAAAGAACAGUCUUUGGGAUCACACGUCCAUUCUCCUUUCCUCUACUAAACCCGUAACUUUGCUUGUUCAAUUUUCUUCUGUCAACUGUUAUUUACUCGUUGUUUUCUUAUCUUUCAUGGACCACAGCAGACUGAAUCGGGCUCUGCUCACACAGGAGUUUAGUGUGAUUGCGACAGUUAAGGGAUUGGAAUCAAAAAUGGGUACUCGGCCUGCGUCACUUGAGUUUUCUUGUUGCUGGUCAUCGGUUUCGCAACAAGGUCACAGAAGGACCACAUUUGGCAGCUUCCGGAUCUUUGCAAAUCAAACACUUCAUCAGUCAUCCAUCGCGUCUUCGACGACUUUAUGAUAGCUAUUGCCAGCACAACAUCAACCAGAUGUCGACUCCGGCCUAAUCGGUGAAUCACAUGGACUAUCAAACUCAACUUCGAAUGCGGCCUCGCGACUCAACUGCCUGCCCGUGCUGUCCUCGUAUCACAUACAUAUACUAUUAUGGGGUAUGCGAGACGGCCACUUGUGGCUGUUGCUCUGCUCUGCUCGUCCUGACUGACUUUAGUUAUUGACUCAGAGACGCCUGUAAAUGUUUCACCCACCGCCAAUCAAAUCACACAUCGCUGUAAAACAACUUGACACCCCCUACAACUCUGACAAGCAAUCAAUGAAACCGCUAUCGCUAGGCUCACGCGUGGGGUUUAGAAUGUUUCUCGGCUUUCAGCGAUUCGGUACACGAAGUCCUCUCAAUCACCGUCUGCUCACCAAGCUCCCCCAACAUACCCCUGGGAUUAUGAUUCUCAGCAAACUUGUCGCCAACACCCAGUCUAAUUCUUGCAAAACCACAGGACUGGACCCGUGUACUGGUAAGGACUGCAAGUUGUGAUCCUGCUGACUGAAUGGUAGGGUGAUCCCCCAAACUGGAUAUAUUCAUAUACGAGAGUAACCGCCGAUGUUUUCGCUGCCAAAAGUCCAAACAGUGAGUUGGGCCAACGCUCCUUUGAGGGCUGACUUGAACAAGAGUCGUAGCUAUGCGGAAAUGCUACUUCAAUUUCCCAUCACUCAAUAGGGGUUACAAAGGAGCAUACAUGCGUCCGUGGAGCUUCCAUCUAGCGAUGCAUGCAUUUGACUGUGCGUUGUAUUCAUUUCAAAGAACAUCGAGAAGUUGGCUGUAAUGAACAGCUGCCACAGAAGCAUUCUCCCAACUAGUUUCAGUUUAUUAUUUUGUAAAUAUUCGUGUUAUUAACCCUCUUCCCUUGAUGCGCCUGACGUCCCCACGCUUAUUCAGCUCGGUAUUUUGACCUGUUGGUCACUUUUGGGACAGUUAUAGCUUCGUAUUCUAUGUGUAAGUGAGAAACGAAAUAGGGAUGAUUCCCUCAACUGUUAGUGAGGAC